AUAUAUAUAUGUAUCUCUACCCCUUUGGUUUUAGCCCUACGAAAACACAAGCACCAAGCCUUCAAGGAAGGAUUUAAACUCAAAAGCAGCGUCAAUUUUGUUAAUUAGGCUAGAAAAUGGAUGAACAGGUAGAAUUUAAAGGCAAAGUUUGCGUCACAGGAGCUUCUGGUUUCCUGGCGUCUUGGCUAGUUAAGCGGCUUCUCUUGUCUGGAUAUUUUGUCAUUGGAACCGUUAGAGAUCCAGGAAAUGGGAAGAAGUUGGCACAUCUGUGGAGGCUGGAAGGAGCAAGAGAGAGACUUCGAUUGGUGAAAGCCGAUCUAAUGGAAGAGGGCAGCUUUGACGAGGCAAUCAUGGGAUGCCAUGGUGUCUUCCACACUGCUUCUCCUGUGCAGAAACCUUCAUCUGAUCCAAAGGCAGAGAUCUUGGAACCGGCUAUUGAGGGUACAUUGAACGUGCUACGUUCAUGCAAGAAGAAUCCAUCCUUAAGGCGAGUAGUUCUCACCUCAUCUUCUUCAACUGUGAGGGCAAGAGAUGAUUUUGACCCUAAUGUACCUUUGGACGAAACAUCUUGGAGCUCUGUCGAACUCUGUGAGAGACUCCAGAUAUGGUAUGCUUUAUCAAAAACGCUCGCUGAGAGGGCAGCAUGGGAAUUCUGCAACAAAAAUGGGAUUGAUCUAGUGACCAUUCUACCCUCAUUCCUCGUUGGACCUAGUUUGCCACCAGAAUUGUGUUCUACCGCAUCUGAUGUUCUUGGCUUGCUUAAAGGGGAAACAGAGAAAUUCCAGUGGCAUGGAAGGAUGGGGUAUAUCCACAUAGAUGAUGUUGCACUUUCCCACAUCCUUGUUUACGAGCAUGAAACUGCUAACGGGCGAUACCUCUGUAGCUCAACUGUGGUGGAUAAUGAUGAGUUAGCAUCGUUGUUACAAGCACGAUAUCCUUCCCUACCUAUCCCAAAAAGGUUUGAGCAACUAAACAGACCAUAUUAUGAGUUCAACACCUCGAAGUUGAAGAGUUUAGGAUUCAAGUUCAAGUCUAUCCAAGAGAUGUUUGAUGAUUGCAUUGCAUCCCUGGUGAUGCAAGGUCAUCUUCCGUCUGUCUAGCUAGCGAUGCUCUGCGGUGACUUCCAACGGCUACUUGAUGUCCGUCAACUAUAAUGUAGUGUGGAUUUUACCUGAAAUGAAAA